AUGUCCGCCCUCAGCCUCCUGAACGGCGAUUCUCUUGCCCCUUCCCCAGGCGGUAUCGGCAAUGCUGCCUUGCCAGCUUGGAAGCCGAACAGCUCCAGCUCACCCUCGACCGGCCCCUCCAUUCACGAUGCAUCCUCCCUCGACGAUGUCCGCGCAACACUCGCCGCCCUACAUACACGGGAAUCAGCCGUUACGACGCGUCUGAAUGCCCUCUUGUCCUCACAAGCCGAUCUCUCCCGCGAAUUGGGCAGACUCGAUCUCUUGCGUGCAAACCUCGGCACACAGGUGAUCGCAACUCGAUCUAUAAGCAAUGGCAUGCUCUCUUCCGCCGCCGAGACAGCCGGACGGCUCUCAAAUCGUGUCAAGGAGCUCGAUCUGGAGAAGGACAGAGUCCAGCAGACGCUCCGAGUAGUAGAGCAAGUGGCAGAACUCAAGGCAUGCGUGCAUGGCGUGGUUGGCAGCAUGGGAGCACCGCAGGACUGGGAGGCUGCUGCCGGAUACAUUGCACGUGCAAGCAAGGUUCCUGAGCAAAUCAUCCAGGGCGGCUUUGCUUCGACAAUGGUGCCCAGCGUUGAAGUUCCUGAUGCGCCGUGGAUCACGCUGGAGAAUGCGAAAGAGAGUCUCUGCGGACUGUUUUUGCGCGAGUUUGAGAAGGCCGCAAACGAGGGCGAUGGGGCUAAGGUGACACGCUUCUUCAAGCUGUUCCCCUUGAUAGGCCGAGGAGACGUGGGCCUGGACGUUUAUGGCAGAUAUGUUUGUCAGGGUGUUGCCGGCACAGCACGAGCAACACUAAAAGAGAUGCCCGGACAAACAGACCGAAAGGACGGGUUCUUCUACGCCAACUCCCUGACGAAACUGUUUGAGCACAUCGCACAGAUUGUCGAGGGUCAUGGGGGCCUUGUAGAGCGACAUUAUGGCGAAGGGAAAAUGGUCAAGGUCGUCGAGAGGCUCCAGAUGGAGGCUGACAUACAAGGCGGAAUCAUUCUGGACACCUGGAGCGAUGAGCGCACUGUUGACAGGAGAUUGACGGACGUGAAAAGUUACCCGUUCUCUUUUCUGGUACAGAGCUUCUUACCGGCACAGAGGGGCAUGGGUGGCACGCCACGGACGAGCUCACCAGCUGUCGGCAGCGGUGCCAAUCCCCGAACAAGCGAAGACGAAGGCGUCAACAUGAAGGAGAUCGACGGUCUUCUCAAUGAGAUUUCAGUGAUGCUUGCUCGCUGGUCACUAUAUUCCAGAUUUCUCGCUGGCAAAUGUCAAUCACCAAAUGCCGCCCAGGACGACGCAUUGUCCGUACCAGAGCUGCUUUCGAGCUCAAAUCUCCACAGAAAGGUAGCGGCAAAACUCGUCACACCGUAUAAUGUGAUGUCGACUUUCUUCUUCCGAAGAUCUGUGGAGAAGGCAUUCCAACUGGACGAGUCCCCUUCGGGCCUCUCGCUGAAUCCCAACAAGCCACUCGAUGGAAACGCCCCGUUCAUAAUAUCAGCCGUUGAUGACGUAAUGUACAUCGUCAGCGCUGUCAUACAACGCUGCUUGGCUACAUCUCAGAGAGAUGUGGUCGCAUCAGUCAUUCCUACGAUUGGCCGAGUCCUGGGGUCAGACUUUAUCGGCAUGGUUCAAAGAAAGAUGCGGGAUGAAUCAUACCCCAAACCUCUUGUGCAAGGAGGAUUUCCUCCCGAGGAUAAGAUAAUAUCGUUCAUCGUGUUGAUCAACAGUCUUGACGUAUCAAAUGACUAUCUCUCACGCAUCAUAGACUCCCGGCUGGAGCAGCAGACGGAGCAAGCGAACGGUUCUGGGCCUGUACCGCAUCCGCUUGCCACAUCAUUCCCGUUCGAGCAAGACGUUAAAUUUGUCACUUCGGCGCUUGCCAACCUCAACUCAACAUUUUCGUCCAAAACAUCAGAAUUGCUUUCUGAUGGAUUGCUGGUCUUGUUCAACAAUGUUAUCAAGCCACGGUUGCGGCCUGUCCUGACAGAGACCUUCAGAGACGUUGACUACGGUCUCACAGAAGAUGAGCUGGCUGAGAUUGCUCAGCAGAACGAUGAGGAUGAGGAUACUCUCCUGGACCAAGUGCCGCGACGAUUCGAGCAUGGAUGGGAAGCACUCAUGAAGCCCAUUUCACGUCUCAUGACACCCAAGACUUAUGGCAUAAUCAUGGACAGCACAGCCAAGUAUCUCGCUCAAGCACUGGAGAAAAGAGUCACAAGCUACGGAAGCCGGGCGAACCCGUAUGGUGCAAUCCGCAUGGAGAGAGAUUUUUCAGGAAUUGUCAGCGUUGUAGCCAGGGGCAACUACGGCGCCCGCGAGCUGUUUGCUAGAGUCACGCAAACCCUCAUGGUCAUCAAUAUGGAGGAAGAGGAAUGGGAAGAGCUUGGAGGUGAGGAUGUUGAAGACGGAAUCGAGUGGGUUCUGUCCGAAGACGAAAGGAGGAGAGCGCGAAAUCUCGUUAAGGAAUACUGA